GAGAGACAAUAGGAUUGCCCAGGCCUCGUGGAAACAUGCUGAAGGGAGAGAUGAUGAUGUUGGACUGCGGCCCAUAGCUGAAUGAUGGCAUGAUUUUCCAGUUCCUCAUUAGGAUUAGUCAGCAAUGAAGAGUGAGAGACAGACAAACAGAGAGAAAGAGAGGAAUGAAGGGAGGGGCUGAAGGUUAGGAAUGUAAAGAGAGAGAGGAAGAGGCGGUGCUCAACACUAUCAGCUCUGCUAUAAGCAGCAGCAGAUAAACCUGCGUGUAAAGCCGUGACCUCACAGCACUGCUGAUUGCACGCUAGAAACUUCUGCUGGCACAUGAGGUGGAGUAAUCGCAUGUAAUUUGCACGGGCUUCAUUACAGAGUUUCUCGUUCUACUGAAACUGAAUUAUGCAUCUUAAGACUACAAAGUGCAACAGCUACUGCCUGGUGGCCACACCGGUGGACCAUGAGACAUUCAGUCGUCCACAGAUUCGGGAGCAGUUUGAGGCUUUGUUCCGUGCGUUUGAUCCAGGCACGUCCUUCCAGUUCUUUAAAAGCUUCAGACGGGUUCGGAUCAACUUCACCGAUGUGUUGGCAGCAGCCGAGGCCAGAGUCAAACUCCAUAAGAGUGAGUUCAAUGGAAAGGAGAUGCGUCUGUAUUUUGCUCAGUCUGUACAUAUCGGCAGUCCUCGCCUUGAGCCUCCUAAACCAGAGAAGCAGUUCCUCAUCUCUCCUCCGGCGUCACCCCCUGUAGGCUGGGCACAGUCGCAGGACGCUAUGCCAGUCGUCAACUAUGACCUGCUGUGUGCCGUGUCUAAACUAGGACCAGGAGAGCAGUAUGAGCUCCACACUGGAACCACCAACACACCCAGUGUGAUCGUACACGUGUGUGAGGACGACAGCUCAGACGACGAAGAUGAAACUGCAGAGAGCAGCAAACGCAUGCGUCCCAAGAUCAUCCAGACCCGUCGCCCGGACUAUGUCCCAUCCGUGAACCAGUGAGCGGGUAAUUCUGGGCCGUUUAUUCUUCACAACCAACACUGGAAUUACUAGGAAACAUGCAGUCAUGCAGUUCGUCAUCCUCACCCCCGGGGAGAUCGGCGAACAUCAAAUCCUCUUCCUAGUUAGUGAGGGAGUCAACCAUCCUCAUAAUCUCGUGUUUUAUUUCUUAACAUCCAUCUCUGAUGGAGUUAGAGACUUUGAGGACUUGGGAGAGUUUCUCUCGUCUUAUGAAUGUCAUUAUUUGCUGGACGUCACAACUGUGUAUUUUAAUAAUCCGAGAGAAAAGCAACAGAAAAAUCUGAUUUACAGAAGGUUUUUGUGUAGCACAAACAAACUGAACAUGGUGUCUGAAGUGUGUAUCAUUCGGGGCCACUAACAUAUACUCAUCGUCAUCAUGUAGCGUCUCUAAGUUUAGUCAGAUAAGCACUCAUACAGUCUUUGAAAUGUCAUUAUUAUUGUUGCUGAAGUUCUUCACGAGCUCCUCCAAGUAUUGUGCACUUUAAAAAUAGAGCCUUAUAAUGUGGUAAACUGACAACAACAUGAAGUACUUGUCUCUGUAUAUAGAGCGCAACUGUGACUGCCGACAUUUUCCACCUUGAAUAAUGCAAGUAUUUUUCCCAUUCAUUUUCUCCAUCAUUCACAACGUUUGAUUUAUACAAA